CCGCGCCAACCUUUCACGUGGGGAAGGAGGUGGGGCAGUGCGAAGGAGGUGAGAGCGCCGCGCUGCUUCCAGCCCCCGCGAGUGGUCAAGAGGAGCGCCUUGUUCGUGCUGCGGUAUCUCGCCCGUUGCCUGCGCCCACCACAGAAAUGCUGCGUUUACCAUCAGUGCUACGUCAACUAAGGCCUGUAUCCAGAGCCCUGGCCCCACACCUUACAAGAGCCUAUGCAAAAGAUGUGAAAUUUGGAGCAGAUGCCAGAGCUCUUAUGUUGCAGGGAGUAGAUCUUCUAGCUGAUGCUGUAGCUGUCACUAUGGGACCAAAGGGAAGAACAGUAAUUAUUGAACAGAGUUGGGGAAGCCCAAAGGUGACAAAAGAUGGUGUGACAGUAGCCAAGGCAAUUGACUUGAAGGAUAAGUACAAAAACAUUGGAGCAAAGCUAGUUCAAGAUGUUGCCAACAACACCAAUGAAGAGGCAGGAGAUGGUACAACUACUGCAACGGUAUUGGCACGUUCGAUUGCCAAGGAAGGAUUUGAAAAAAUCAGUAAAGGAGCAAAUCCAGUGGAAAUUAGAAGAGGUGUGAUGCUUGCUGUAGAGGCUGUAAUUAAUGAAUUGAAGAAAUUGUCCAAGCCAGUCACAACACCAGAAGAAAUAGCUCAGGUUGCCACAAUAUCAGCAAAUGGGGAUAAAGAAAUUGGUAACAUAAUCUCCGAUGCCAUGAAGAAGGUUGGACGGAAAGGGGUUAUUACAGUGAAGGAUGGAAAAACUUUGAAUGAUGAGUUGGAAAUUAUUGAAGGUAUGAAGUUUGAUAGAGGCUACAUUUCUCCCUACUUCAUUAAUACAGCCAAAGGACAGAAAUGUGAAUUCCAAGAUGCUUAUCUCUUAAUCAGUGAAAAGAAGAUUUCCAGUGUUCAAUCCAUAGUACCAGCUCUUGAAAUUGCAAAUAAUCAUCGUAAGCCUUUAGUCAUUAUUGCUGAAGAUGUAGAUGGAGAAGCCCUCAGCACACUUGUACUAAACAGAUUGAAGGUUGGCCUGCAGGUGGUUGCAGUAAAAGCACCUGGGUUUGGCGACAAUAGAAAAAAUCAACUUAAAGAUAUGGCAGUUGCUACUGGUGGUGCUGUGUUUGGAGAGGAAGGUUUAACUAUAAAUCUGGAAGAUGUUCAGCCUCAUGACUUUGGUAAAGUUGGAGAAGUCAUUGUAACCAAAGAUGACUGCUUAUUGCUUAAAGGAAAAGGUGAUAAGACUCAGAUUGAAAAACGGAUUCAAGAAAUAAUUGAACAACUGGAAACCACAACAAGUGAAUAUGAAAAAGAGAAGCUAAAUGAGCGCCUGGCUAAGCUUUCUGAUGGAGUAGCUGUAUUAAAAGUUGGAGGAACAAGUGAUGUUGAAGUUAAUGAGAAGAAAGACAGAGUCACUGAUGCCCUGAAUGCCACUCGUGCUGCUGUAGAAGAAGGCAUAGUCCUAGGUGGUGGCUGUGCAUUGCUCCGUUGUAUUCCAGCACUGGAUACUUUGACUCCAGUCAAUGAAGAUCAGAAAAUUGGCAUAGAGAUUAUAAAAAGAACACUGAAAAUUCCAGCUAUGACUAUUGCCAAGAAUGCAGGGGUUGAAGGAUCACUGAUAGUUGAGAAAAUCAUGCAAAGCCUGCCUGAUGUUGGUUAUGAUGCAAUGCUCGGUGACUUCGUGAAUAUGAUAGAAAAAGGCAUCAUUGACCCAACAAAGGUUGUGAGAACAGCGCUGAUGGAUGCUGCAGGAGUAGCUUCCCUUUUAUCUACAGCUGAAGCAGUUAUAACUGAAAUCCCCAAAGAAGAGAAGGAUGCUGCUGCUGCUAUGGGAGGAAUGGGUGGAGGAAUGGGAGGUGGCAUGUUCUAAAGCCUAGGCUACAUGGAUGCGUAUCAUGAACUACAAUGCAUGACCUGAUAGUUUAAGAGAACCUUGGGUCAGAGUCAGAAAGGAUGGAUAGUGACUGCAGAGAAAGGGUCUGUGUUUAAAAAAAGAAAAUCACUGUAACAUUGUUACUGGAUUUCAGUUGUAUGAUUAUUUACAGUCAUUGUCCAUGCCUACAGAUAAUUUAUUUUAUACUUUGAAUAAAGACAUUUGUACAUUCCUGAUACUGGGUGCAGAUCCAUGUACCAAUCUUGUGCUCUGAACUUAAAACCAGUUGAAGCACUUGCAAUUCUGCUAAAUAAGACUUUAUUGGUGCCUGCUGUCACUAAAAAAUGCAGAAGCCAUUGUGUGCAAGACUGAAUAAAAUUGUGUACAAAGUAGACAAAUAUACAAUUAUGUGACAACUUUAUGUAAUAAAACAAUUGCUCUAA